CUUUUUCUUAAACCAAGUCCUUUACCGGCAAUUCUUAAAACCACGUCAAAUACUUUAAAAAACUUAUAAAUGUUAUCAGCUUUUUUAUGGUAGUAGUUAAAAAAUUCUUAUUAGCAGAAUAACUUCUCAUCUAUGCUCACCUUCAACAGACACUUGUUCACCACCAAACUACCAACAUUCUGCCGGUCAUUAAAAACUUGGAGCAGAAGGAUGACAACUGUCGGUCAAGACAUUAACGAAAGGGUUUCGGCUCAAGGAAAUGUAGUUAGAACUCUAAAAAGCCAAGGAGCCCCUAAAAAUGAAAUUGACAAGGAGGUAGAAAAACUUUUAGCAUUAAAAAACCUCAAGGUUGGCGAAUCUGGUUCAGGAAAGAAGAAAGACAAUUCUUUCACUUUAAAGACGCCUAAAGGAACGAAGGAUUGGUACGACAAGGACGUUGUUUUGCGUGAGCAUAUCUUCAAAACCGUUACCGAUAUCUUUAAGCGCCAUGGCGGUGUAACUUUAGACACACCAGUCUUUGAAUUAAAGGAAAUCCUUGCCGGAAAGUACGGAGAAGACAGCAAAUUGAUUUAUGAUCUUAAAGAUCAAGGUGGUGAACUUUGCUCUUUGCGCUAUGAUUUGACUGUCCCUUUUGCUCGUUGGUUGGCUAUGAAUCCUAAGGUAACCAACAUUAAGCGCUAUCACAUUGCAAAAGUUUAUCGGAGAGAUCAACCGGCUAUGACCAAGGGCCGCAUGCGUGAAUUCUAUCAAUGUGAUUUCGAUAUUGCUGGCUCUUUCGAUCCCAUGAUUCCCGACUCUGAGGCUCUCAAAGUCUUAGUAGAAAGUUUAGAUGCUUUGGAAGUUGGUAAAUAUACUAUCAAAAUUAAUCAUCGCCAAAUUCUGGACGGCAUCUUCGCCGUUUGUGGUGUUCCUUCUGACAAGGUCCGUACUAUUUCCAGUGCUGUUGACAAGCUUGACAAGCUUCCUUGGGAAGAAGUUAAGCGUGAAAUGGUCGUUGAAAAGGGACUUUCCGAAGAGGUCGCUGAUAAAAUUAGUGAAUACGUUUUGCUUAAGGGUGAUCGCUCUUUGCUGGAAAAAUUAAGAAGCGAUUCUCUCUUGUCUAGCAGUCCCUCCGCAAGUGCUGCAUUUAAAGAUAUGGAUUUACUUUUUGACUAUCUUGAAAGCUUUGGUAUUUUGGAUAAGUUUUCCUUCGACAUGUCUCUGGCUCGUGGUCUUGACUACUAUACCGGCAUUAUUUACGAGGCUGUUACGGAAGCAUCAGCUCCAAAGGUGAAGAGCUCAACUGAAAAGAAGUCCUCUGAAGAUCCAGAAGCUGAUCGUUCCAAUGAUGAUAGCAUCGGUGUCGGUUCUAUUGCUGCUGGUGGUCGCUACGACAACCUUGUUGGUAUGUUUGCUGCUAAGAAGAACAGCCAAGUUCCUUGUGUCGGUAUUAGCUUAGGUUUGGAAAGAAUUUUCUCUAUUUUGAGAUCCAGAAUCCCUGACGAGGAAAUUCGUGCCAACGAAGUCGAUGUUUUCGCAAUGGCUUUCGGUGGUGGUAAGGAAUGGACUGGAUUCUUAAAGGAGCGUAUGCAGAUUUGCAAUGAUCUUUGGAAGAAUGGAAUUAAAGCUGAAUUUUUGUAUAAAGCUAAGCCUAAACCCAGACAGCAAUUUGAUGCAGCUGACAGGUACGGUGUACCUUUCGCCAUUAUCCUAGGACAGGACGAAAUUGACCAAAAUGCUGUACGUAUAAAAAGGAUGGGUUUGAAAGAAAAGAGUGAUGAGGGUCAAUUGGUAUCCCGUGCUGAUAUGGUUAAGGUUCUUCAAGAUCUCCUUGCCUCAUCAAAUUAAUGAAAUACAUAAACUACCAUUGGUUACAUAUAGAUUUAAAAUGGAAACAGUUUAUUUUUGGGGAUAUCUAUUUUAUUUAAAAAAUUUGUAACGAUUGAAAAAGCUUAAAGAUUGAUAGAUCGUUGUGAUACAGCAAGAUGAAUCUUGUAAAUGGACUUAAGAAAUAUGACUCGACUAGCUCUUACAAGCAAAGCAUCAAAAGACAUUGUUCUCGGGCGGCACAAACUGUCGUAAACGGACACCACCUUUUUCAAGUAUCGAUGCGCUGUGGGUAUCCAUACUGUAAGACAUGCUGUAAACAACUAUGUGUAUUCGAAUUAGUAUUUCAUAUCUUGCAGUCAACAAACCUUCGCUAAUGCCAACUUGAGCAAUUUUCACCGAGCAAGUUAGACAGGGACAUCUUUAACUAGAGUUAGAAAAUGGUACGUAGAUUUCAAUAUACGUACGUGUCACAAUACAGAAUACCAUUGGAUCCAAUACGUUCACGUCCAGCUUCUAAUAGAGCAUUUUCCUCUGCGUGAAGACACAAGCACGUAUGUAAGUCAGUACCACAAGACUGAGCAGAGUUACAACGAGGGCAGCCGCCGUCAUUACAGUUUUUAAUCCCUCUAGGGGUUCCAUUAUAACCGGUAGCAAUAAUGCGAUUAUCACGAACAAGAACACAGCCAACACGCCGCUUCAUGCAGUUGCUUCUCAUAGCAGCUAAACCGGCCAUCUGCAUAAAGUAACUAUCCCAAGAGGGUCGGAAUCUGUCAUUGUUCAUUACAUCUGCGCAUCUUAAUUUAUCCCAUAAGAUGGGUUUGUCAAAAGCGUCGUUGUUGAUAUGGACAUGAGCCAGAGACCGCUGACGAUUGACGCUAUUAUCGCUCUUGAAGGCUGCUUCAUCUUGAAUGGCACAAAAUUGCUCGAGAGUAGUAUUUUUUAAAUGAGGGUAACUAGACUAUAGAAGUUAUUUUCCAAGAACAAAUCAGGUAUGGAGGACGAGAAUGGAAGCAUACUCUUCCAAGCUUGUGGAGUAUCGCUUCGCUUCUACCUGCAGAUGGGAAGGUCGUUGUCAGUCUCCAAGAACCUGUUUGUUCGCGGGAAAUAACUCACAAUAAGACCUGUUAAUAAUACAGUACAAGAUUACUUAGGGAAAAAGACACCCCACUUACCUUGUGUACCGACGAAAGCGAGUAAGAACAGGAGCAUCAACGUAAACAAGAAGGAAAAAGGGUCGUUUUAAGAUCCCAUUAAGAAGUUGAGUAGAAGGAAUUCCAUUUAUGACAAAACGGCUUCGCCAAUGCUGGGUUACAUAGUCUAUUAGAGCAUUGACUCCUACUAGUAUUUUAUUGUCGAUUUGGUAAACAAUGUCGGUUCGUUCAUCCGCCUUGUAUACUCGCUCAAUAGGUUUGAAACCAAGUUCUGUAACUAAAAAUUCUACUAAAGUGUCCUUACCACUGCAUACAGGACCAGUAAGCCCUACAAGUGGCAUUUUUUUUUUGGCAGGGAGAUUACUGAGAGACAAUUUAUGUUCUUUCUUUGUAAAUUAUGUUUUUC